AUGGCAUUAUAUAGAGAAAUCNUUAGGGAAUUAGGAAGGCAAAAGUCACGUAUUGAGUUAAGUUGUAAAUCUUUAUCUAAUGAGGAAAUCUCAUGGGUUGAACGAGAAGCUAAUGCUCAAAUCAGGAAAAAGGUUCCAGUAAAUGUGCAUAUAUACAAAGACAAAGAAUCAGCAGAACAAGAUCAGGCACAGACAAGAGGACUUCCAGAUGAUCACAAAGGGCCCAUACGAGUUAUUGAGAUAGAAGGCAUUGAUAAGAACAUGUGCUGUGGAACUCAUGUGCCUAAUCUGAGUUAUGUCCAGGUCAUUAAGAUUUUUCCUGAGACUGAAACUAAACGUGGUGGUAACUGCUGUAUCUCCUUCCUUGUUGGUAAUCGUGUAUUUAAACAUCUCAGUCGUGCAAUGGAUAAUGAGCGCAUCUUAUCAAAAUGUUUAAGCUGUGGUCCUGAUGAGCAUACCUCUGCUGUUGAGCGCUUGCAGAACUCCUUGAAGUCAGCGAACAGGACUUUACGAAGUCAACUAAGAGAGAUUGCACAAUUGGAGGCUUUCAAGAUUAAAUCAAGUCCAAGUGAAAAGUCAUUUGUUUACAUUCACAGGGAAACUGGUGAUAUGGACUACAUGAACACUUUGUCCAAUGAGCUUGCAGAUCUAGGUAUUCCACUGUUGAUUACUAUAGGACCUGACAAAGGACCAGGACAGUUUCUUUUUCUUGGGAAAGAAAAACAAGUUUCAGAAAUUGGACCAAAAAUCGCAUUAGUCUUAGAUGGAAAGGGGGGUGGUAAGAAAAGAAGGUUUCAAGGAAAAGUCAAUAAUCUAAAGCCAAAGACAAGAAAGGGCAUUGAGGAACUACUUAUGAAAGAACUGGCUGAACUUUCAAUCCAUGAUUGAUUUUCUAUGCACCACUGACCGUUCCAAUGAACACAAGACCUGUAUUUGAUAUUGAAUAUGUGGUUAUGUAUUUCUGAACUGUGAUUAUUCAAAUAUUAAAGUUUAUCAAAAGACG